GGGGGAUGCUGGGUUCGAAAGUGACGGGUGGCGGAAAGGGGGGGAGGAGGGAAGAGGCAUCGGCUCACCGGUCCCUCGUAACUCUGCCAAUCAUGCAAUUGCCGAGACAGCAAGGAGAGGCCUGGGAAAAGGGGAGCGGCCGCAGGAUAUCGUAUCGCCACGAAUCACGGCCCUUGACUGAGGUCGCAUGGUCCACGGCGACGCAGAGGUCGCCCAGAGUGGCUUAGCCGAAGCAGCGUUGGCGCGUGUUCUCCUGCGACGCACUCCCAGGUCCGUUCGCAUCUGCCUCCCACCUCUUUGUUCCGCCUCUGGCGCCGCCCAUGGUAAGGCAGAAUCUCGUCGUUUCCACCGACCAGUUCCUCCUCGGGCCCGAUCUGCCUCGCCGUCGCAAAAGCGAAGGCGGGAAGGCCACGUCAUCUUUCAGGGGCCGCAUCGGCCGGCAUCCUUGUCAGCGGGCCUUGCAAACCCUGUCCGCCCCAGCCCAGAUCCAGCAGCGUGUGGCCCAGAAAUAGAUCGCAGUCGGGUCAGGAGGCCAACUCGCCGCCUCCGGUACCAGCAGCCUGCAUGUCUCGCCGCAGCCGCGCUGGCAUUCGGUCCGAUUGUGGCCAAGGGAGGUUCUCCAAUCUGCAGACGGAGACGCCUGAAUGCGCCAAGCGAGAAGAGGCCUCCCGGUGUCUCGGCAUUCGACGCAAUCGAUACCUGCGGCCUAGGAGACAUGGGUGCCGAUCCUACGGGCGAAAGAAGGUAUCCUGGCAGGCAGGGCAAUGGGGAAUGAACGAGGUAAGACGCCGCUCAAGAGGAAAUCCAAGCGGUUCAGCGGCUCUGAAGGGAGAGGAAGCUCGAGGUCGAGCUAAAGUCGAGGCUGCUGGGGCCGAGU